CUUAUUUUAGGCUUCAAAUCUCCAAUUAAAUCGCACCGCAGGUAUUGUGAAUCAAUCAGUUGAAAGAAUACAGUUGAAAGGUGUUAUUGCUUGCUCAAAAGUCAACACUACCUACCAUACGCAUUUUAGAAAAAAAAAACCAUCACGCAACAAACUACCUCGCAAUUGACCCACCAAACUACCUCACAAUUGAUCCCUAACACGUAAACUCAACCAUGGCAACUAUCGCCUCAGCAUCCAAAGAAUACACCUUUAAAGUCGUGUUGACGAUUGGCGAAAAGCUCUACUUAAACGAAGAGAUGGCUGACUUUCAUUUCGUGUUUGAAUCAGAUGAUGGUCUAUUCGAGCGAAUUCCUGCGCAUAAGAACUUCUUAGCCACCGCAAGCGAUGUUUUCGGAAUAAUGUUCAAUGGAACAUGGGAGGAAACAAAGGAAGUUAAGAUAGUCGACGCUUUACCAUCUGCAUUCAGGGAAUUUUUGCAAUUUUCCUACUUGGAACGAGUAAAAGUGUCGAUGGAAAACGUGGCACAAGUCAUGAACUUAGGCGAAAAGUACAAUGUGGCGGAGUGUUUAAAAGUGUGUCAAGAUUUCCUAAAAUAUACUCUUACUAAUGAGAUAAUGUGCUGGGGCUAUGGAAUUACAAUACAUUUAAAUGAAAAAGAUUUAAUGGAAUUUUGUGAAGAAAACAUAAAAAAUCACGCGAGUGAAGUGUUUGCAUCAGCUAGUUUUCUGGACUGCGAUCGAAAAGUGUUGAGGCAUAUUUUGAAGUUGAAUUUAUUGUUCUGCACGGGAGCUGAAUUGAUUGAAGAAUAUAUGUCAUGGUUGAAAUCUGCCAGCAAACAGGAACAUUUGAAGAGGAAAAUUAUUCAAGAUUAUCUUGGUGAUUUGUUUUACGAAAUUCCGUUUGGAUCGAUGUUACUCAAGGAUUUCGCCGAAUUCGAUCGUUCAUACGAAGGGCUAUUGACAUACGAAGGACAUAGAGAGAUAAUUCAAAUGAUCGCUUCCACAAACUUUCAACCGAAAAUAUUCAGUGAACAUCGUAAAACAUUGUUUGGAUACAGUCCAAAAUGGAAUAAAAAUGCUGUGAUUACAUGCGAUCGAAGGAUUUGGAAAACGAAAAGUCCGUAUUUCAUCAAAAACAUUGAAACGACCACUUUUUCAACGGACAGAGCUAUAUUGUUGUGUGCAAUCAUUUGUGAAGAAUUAUCAGAGUGGAAUUAUAAUGGAUAUCAUUACACGGUGAAAAUUCCAACGGAAAUCACGAUUACUGAAAUCUUUGAAUCGACAACUUCAGGCGAAAAAGUCGUCGUAUAUAAUGGCAAGGCAAAUUUGGAUAACCAUACCGAUACACGCAUACAACUACCGCAACCGAUACCAAUCAAGCCCGGAUUUGUAUAUGAAAUUAGAAUGAAACAAGAUCCACCGGAAAAUUGUUGCACUCGUUUUUCAUUGACAUCCGAAGUGGAAAUUGAACCUGGAACCAUUGUAAAAUCCCAUCGUUCGAACGAAGAAAGUGAUGAAGCAAUGAGAGGAUUAAUUUGGAUACUUGAAUUCAACAGAAUUUAA